UUUUUCAGUUUAGCGCACCGUUGCGAUCCCCUUUCCCCUUGAGCGGCUGGACUCGAGCGUUGCAUGCCGGUACCUGCAGUCCCUGCUCCUCCCUUCUCGGAGCCGGCAGCGCCAGGGUGUGGGGUUUCGAGUACUACAACUCCCAUACUAGCGGUCCUUCCAUCUCCCCCUCUCUCCCACCAGACCAGAGCCUGUGAGCUACAGCACGGCUUGUCUUGACGAAACCCCCUCCCGCCUCCUCCACCACCACCACCACCUCCUCCUCCUCCUCCACCUCCUCCUCCACCACCACGGACUUUCGGAACCGAAAAUCGUCGAGCUCAGUGAAUUGCCGCCGACGGGAUUAAAAUCGUGUGCUCUCGAUGCACCCGUAGCUCCGGUGCUGUGGCUCCAGCGGGUUGGUGUUUGUUUGUACUGUUUGACAUCGUUAUCUGGCUCGCUAAUUACCUUUGGGAAUUACUGAGUGGACAGAGACAUCGGGUCUGGGCUGUGUUUAUGUUCUAACACCGCGGAUACCGGAUUGCUCCGAUAUGGGACGAAUGAAAAACCGUAUCGGAGACAUUUCUGUGCGAUGACACACGGCUUGUCCUUAACAUUUGCAAACAGUGUAAUAGAGAUCGAUAGUUGCUCGGAGGAGACUUUGCUGCGCAGGGAUCUGAGCGGUGCAGCUUCAAUGCUAAGUAAGGAUCCGGCUCUUUGCAUCGCCCAGCACACUCGGUACUUGUGUGUGACAUGUUUCAGCAGCCUACAGAGGGUGAAUGUGCAGAGUUCGAGGAGCCAAAGUGCGAUGUUUCCUCAUGUGGCUGCUUUCAGCUCGCACUGUUGUCUGCCCUGCUCUCUGCCUCGCUCUCUGCCUCGCUCUCCGCGAUGAGGAAGGCGUUGUUGUAGUUGGACUACACACUCGUGGUCACCCAGAGAUGCGCUCAGGCUUGCUCAGUUUGCACACUAUGAGGCUUGUUAGUUUCUGAUCGGCAGCACUGCUGUCCAUCGCGAGGGACGUGGGCUUAGUUUCGUGCUCGAUCGCGGCCACACGAGUGUGUACAUCAACAACACUGCUCCUUUUCACUGCAUGCGCCAAGUCUCUCUCCGAUCCUGCCCGUUCACAAGAACUACAUCGCCCUGUGUGUGUGUGUGUGUGUGUGUGUGUGUGUGUGUGUGUGUGUGUGUGUGUGUGUGUGUGUGUGUGUGUGUGUGUGUGUGUGUGUGUGCCUCACCCUUCCAUCGCCGGCACUUUCUUUCAUUUACUGGCCUCAUUUUAAACAGAACAUUUCCACCUGAGAAUCGGCGGCGUCUUUCUGUAUUGUGUGAUCGCCUGAUUGUUCAUCAGCGAGUGCACUAGCCUGAGUUUAAGCAAAGGGGACAUUCUUAUUCUUAGAUUUUUAAAAAUCUUUUGCAGUCUGUUAUCAGGGGGGAAAUCGGCGGUGUCCAUACGACACUCGGUUUCAACCCCGCAUCCUGUAUCGCUGUAGCGUCUCCUUUGUGUGUGUGAGCUGUGGGGCUCUGCGCUGCUCUCCCUCUCUCUCACACACACACACACACACACACAUACACACACGCGCGCGCGCACACACACACCGGGAGAGAGUGUGCUCAGGAGCCGAGGUUCGAGUCCUCUGCCCUGCCUUUUCCUGACCAUCUCAAACAGCGACCCGAGCAUCAGGCUCUCGCUUCACCCCAGCCGACUGCCUCGUGUGUUUAGGCUAGAGCUUAGUUCGGCGUUUCUCCUGUGAGGGGUGUGAGCAGAAGUAACGAGCUCUGGUCACUAGAGCACCGAAACCUGCGACGAGGAGAGCUCGCGUGAGCCGCUAAACUUUCCUCAUAAACACUGUGCUGGUGUCCGUUAGCCACACUCGCCUGACCUCUGAGAGGAAGAGUGCGCUGUGCAGAUACACAGGCUGUGUGUGUGUGUGUGUGUGAGAGUGUGUGUGUGUGAGCGUGUGUGAGACCCAGAGGCUGUAUAGUUCGCGUUUUCACAGGCGUUUUUCUACAUAGCAGUAAUUUCAGUCAUCUCCAGCUGCUUCUGAUCAGGUGCACUAGUCAUGGGAAAUGAUGUUGUUGUUGUUGUUGUUGUUCGAGUUACAGUAUUUCGGGAUGAUUUUUUUAGAGAAAUUAUUUAUUGUGCUACUCAAGGACAUUAUCCACUAUUAAUACUGAUAUACUGUAAAUAGCACCUCAGAUGAACUAUACAGUUACUGAGUAAGUCACAUUUCCUCCAUUCAGCACUCAGGUUUGGAUGUCCUGCUAUAGGUGCUAUAUGUGUAUUUGUUUGUUUUUUGUUUGUUUUCAUGGAAACGCUUCAGUUGUUUAUCGGAUGAAGCCACGUUUCAGCCUGACAUCUUCUUUCUCUAAUUAUGUAGUGGCUUGUUGUAACAAUUACUGGCCUAGCUUUUUGAGGCUAUGAGACAAACAUCAUUCCUCUCACAUUUAUUGGCAAACUCCACACCCAGCUCAUGCUUUCUUAUCAAAAUAAAUCUGAUAUUCUAAUACUCAUUAUGCUUCACAAUACUUGGUAUCCUCAGGGGACUUCCCAGGAUUCUAACUAAGUAUUGUAUUAAAUUAGCUAGAAUUGGCCCCGCUGGAUUAAAUGGGACAUGAUAAUGCUGGGAUGGGACUAUACCUGUGCCUAAUGUAAAUAGUGCUUUUCACAAUUUUUUUUAAAUUCACAUUCUAUUGUUUGUGCCACUAUCAAGCUUAAUCAGGAAUAUUCACAUUAAUAGAACCCUGGAUCAAAUCUUUUAUGGGCUUGAGAAGAUUUUUCUUAAUUUAGCCACUAGAUCCUGGGAUUUUUCUUGACAUUAUUUUUAAAAAGUAUACCAAAUUUGAUGAAUCAAUCAUGUAAAAUUCAUUCAUUCAUUCAUUCAUGAUACCUUCAGAAAUAAACUGCAAUAUACCAGUAAAACAUCUGCAGCUAGCAGCUGUAUUUGCAAGACCCACUGUCAUGCAAGGCCUAAGCAGUUUUGUUUAAAGCUUGGUCUCCUUUGAUCGUGUCCAUUCUGAAGGAGUACAGUAAAAGGAUCACACUGUCAGGAAAAAAUACAGUGAAAGUUGGGUUGAUACCAGAGCAGCAUAAGAUUUCUGAAAUGAAAAAAAAAAGACAUUACCUUUUUUUUUCUUUUUAACCGAUUGUGGGUUUUUCCACCUAGUUUACCUGUUUCUAAAUCUUAACACCUUGUAGCUACUCCAUGAUUUAGAUGAUUGUACUAUAACAUCUCUGAGGAAUUGUUUAUCACUUUCACUGAGAAAAUGGUGGGUUCACUGAAUCAGGAUGCCUCUCCACUCCAUUUCCCUCUCUCUCACUGAGCAAUCCAUCCAGCCAGUGAAUACAGGCACUUCCUUCUCUUUGGGUCUAAAUAUCAGGUUAAGCAUAUAUAGCUCAUUUUAUCUGUAUUUAAGUCUUUAACCGAGCCUCACCCUCAACAUUGAAAAUCAGAUUAGGACUUGCAGUUCAGGUGACCUAUCUUGAAACUAAUACUUGCUUUUAAGUAUAUCUCAAUAUCUCAACAGACAUCAGUAGAGAUACUCACUUGAUUAUAUGAAUAUUUGGUUAUUAUUUUACAAACUGUGUUAUAUGACACCAUCUAUGGUAAAUAUAUUUAUUUCAUCUUAAGUCUCAGUUUAAAGGAAAUUGUGACAUCUUUUGUAAGGAACCUCUCUAACAGGAAGUUUCCAACUAGCUUCUUAGCCCUGAUUCUUAACAUUUCAUACUAGAGAACAAGCAAGAGCUGAGAAAAAGGUUUAUGCAACUCCUGGCCUCAGAGUUAUAGUACCCUUGCUUGUAAAGCUUGCUAUGGAAAAAGAAUUAUGCAAUGGGUUCUUAAAUGCAUAUUUAUGCAAUAAUGACUGGUUUAUGUAUUCCUGAAUUAAGUGUUUAAACAUUAAAAGUUAAACUUGAGCUGAUUCCUAAUCUAUGACAUAACUUUUUCUUUUUUUUUUGGCCAUUGUUUGGCCCCUCGUUCUCUGAAAUCAUUAAAGGUUUGGCAUUUUGCCUUUCUUAGUUGUAUUUUUUAAAUUCUCAAAUCACUGCCUUCUUUAGUUAGAAAUAUUCAUUUAAAUUUUAUAGUUUGGUAAUGAAACCUUGGUAAUGAAAAUCAUCAUCAUUUUAAAAGGUUCAACUGAGAAGGCACUGUGGAUAUAAUUUAUACUUUUACCAAUUAAGUGUUUUUCCUGGCCUCCUGGAAGACACAAUUCUUAUAGCUGUAAGAGAAUAUCUGUUCACUGCAAUUAAGAUACAAUAGAUUUCAGAGAUUUUAAUUUUUAUGUCUUAGUUUGAGAGAUUUUAUGUAGCCAAGCUAUAUUAUUUUGUAUUAUUUUGAAAAUGGUAGCAUACAUGAUUUGCAAUAUUUUUCUACUUAGUGACAUAAUACAUGAAACACUGAAUGUGAUUACAAUGUAAAAGUUUCUAACUGGAUAAAUUUUGACUUAAAUAAUUGGGCAUUACCAAAAUUCCAAAUAUCAGCAGGUUGUAAUAUUCCAACACUGAGUUUAUAUAUUUGCUUUCAUAAACCUUGUUUAGAUUAGAGUACAGACAGAUUAAAUUUUUUAAAUAGUGUGAAUUUGGAAGGUUUUAGUUAUGCAAUGUACUGUGUACCUCACUGUCUCUUAUGGGCAUGUUUUUGUUCUUUGCUAGUGCUGCAUGGACAGGUCUGAAUAUUUGAAUAACUCUAAUAAUUUAAUCAUAUAAAGUGAUUACAGACUUUGACAUUUUCCUUGUAUCUUUAGCUUUGUGCCAUAUGUAGAAGAAAUUCUUGUAAAUGCACAUCUGUUGACACUCAAAGGAAUGCUGUGUUGAAAAAAAAACCGCCUAUGCAGGUGGAUCCCUCACCAAUGAAUGUAGGGGAUGGAGGCACAGUGAGCAAAGAGAGCAGUGCCCUUACACAGCUGUCAGAGAGCAUGGUGGGGAAUCCACAGCAGACACUGCCUCCUGAACUCAGAGGAGACGUACCUCACGGACAGCAGAACAAGCUGAGGACAUCUACAGACUGCAAAAUGCCUGGCGUCUGCUCAGAUGCCAGCAAGGCUAGCAAGACCAGCAAUUCAAACCAUUGUCCCGAAGUCCCUCCUUCCCAUCUUCGCAACAAUGCUGUGUUCAGUACUGAUUCUUUUAGCACGCCGUUACCCGAUAGGACAGAAGUUCCCAAAGCCCAGGCUGAAGGUGCUGCUGCCUUCCCGACUCAACACUGGCCUUGUGGUAAAAAGGUUGGCUCAGAGGACUUGAUGAGCUUGGUUCACAAUAGUGUGACCCAAAAUAAGAAAGCUCCUCAUAGCACUGGGCCUACCCAACCUGUUAUCAGCCUUUCUCCGGGAUUUCCAUGUUCAACCCUCUUUAAACCAGGCCAACCUGUUGCUUUCCUUCCAUCUGCAAACUUUGCUUCUUCUCUUUGUAAGAUCACCUUGCCCCCAGGAUUGGGCCAGAUUGCCGCUCUGAGAGAAGCCACAGCUAGUCAGUUUCAAAAGGACUGUCCAGUGCCGUGUUCUGGCUCAAGUACGACUCCAAGGCUCAAAACCUACCCUUAUCAGUUUUCUGUGGGUCGAGGCGUUGCUGAGAAGAAACCACCGUCAUCAGCAUCUAAAGGGCGAUGUGAACAUGUUUCUAACGCAAAGGGUGGCAAAGGUGUAGGAGAGCACAAAUCAACAAUUUCCUCUGCUGUUAGCCCAGCUAUUGCUCUCCCAGCGCAACAGGCCACACAAGCUUCAGCCCCACUGACUCAUUAUACUAUCUCUCCCACUGCUGCCAUCUGCUGUAGCUCAGCGCUGGCCAACAUUACCACUCAGAGCAGGCUUCUAAGCCUUGUAGAGAAAUGUCCCCCAUACAGAGGAAGCGAAAAGACUUCUGUGGCAUAUUUGAAGCCGAAGACUGUAUCUACUGAGGAACACAAUACUCUGUGUCCUCCAGAGGCCAGAGAUGUACCUCUUGACUUAUCUUCAAAAUCCAAGCGCCAAAAAAGCAUUAAGGAUGCUCAAAACAGCCCGACUGCCACAACUGAGCAAUGCUUGUUUGAGCCUCAUCAAAAGAAUUCCCAUGCCCCCAAAAGGCCUCAGACUUCCACUUUUGGUUCUGCCUCUACUUAUGCCAUUCUACCAGACACCCAGCGAAAUGGCUCAGCCCAGAGAUCCACCUCGAAACUCAGCAAUCACAAUUUGGAACCAAGUGCGUCAUGGGGCAAAGGCUCAUCUCAAGGUUCCUUAAACAACCUCCCAGGAACAUAUGUAGGGGUAGCAAGCCCUAUACUAGCCUCUACCUUGCGCAGCAAGGAUGGGAAAAGUGCUGCAUUUGUUGAAGACGUUCAGAUAUUUGCCAAGCAAGAGACCAUUUCGAUUAUUGAUCAAGGUGAACAGUUGGCCUCCAGAGGCAAGAAGACACCUUUCGCGGUUAAAGGUGAUAGGCAAAAUAAAGGUGGUAAGCAAUCUGGUAGUACUUCUGCUAGUACUACCUCUCCUGGAAUGCAAGAGCUUUCAUCCAAGCCACUGUUUACUUCUACAAACUCGCAAUCCCCUAGGACUUCAGGUGGAAAAGCAGGGAUUCCAUAUACACCCCCAGGUAAACCAUUGUGGCACCAACCACUUUUCCAGGGGAUGUCUUUGCAGAAGCGACCGGCUCAGAGCCAAGCCCAAUCUAAGGUCAAAGGCAACCUGAGUUGUGAUGGCCCCUUGUUUCAUAAAUGUGAACUAAGCCCCACUAAUGUAAAGGAGGAAAAAUGGGAGAAAACCCAUUCCCCUCUAUCCAACCUGGAGUCGAUAGUAAAGCAGAAAGCUCUUGAGACCACUGCACUGACUGGUGAAAACUACUGUAAUCUGUCAAAUGUGGGAUCCAGGAAGCCUGAGGGUGGUCAACUUGAUCAGCAGGUCUCAGAACCCUCCAGUGCAGCAAACGUAGCCACUGGCUUUCCACCCUGCGGAACUUCAGAGCUGCAGGACUCUAAGACAGGUAGCAGUUCCCCCGUUACAGAUGCAACAGUGGACAACAGGCAGGAGGCCACAACUGUUUUUGUGCCCAAAGAGAAGUGCCAUGACAAACAGGCAAAGCAAUUAGAAAAUUUCACAGGCCAAAAGUCAGAGCCCAGCACGCCUAAGAAAAGAUGUGCAUCUAGUAUUAAAUCUGGCAAGAAGGACAGCAUGCUGGCUCCAGAUCCAGAGGAGAAAUCAAGAGAAGACCCUGCAGUACAAAGAGAACUCGCUUCUAAUUCAAAGCUGGAGAGCAUAUCCAUCCCUCAGCACCAGACUACAGCAGAGGCAGAAGGAGAAAAAAUGAAUGGUGGUAAAAAAGAUAAUGUUUCCAAAGGAAAAGUAUCUGUCACCAAACAGAAGAAACCAAGGAAGAAGGAGAAGACCUCUCCUGAAACAUUAAAAAAGACUGCAACACUGAAGAAAAAACCUCGGAUGAAGGAAAGUGCUACGGUAGUUCAAGCCCCUGUCUCUAAAAAAAAGAAGGGUACAUCAUCUACUGCAGAGAAGAGCCCGCUGAAGGAGAGCCCGCUGAAGGAGAGCCCGCUGAAGGAGAGCACAUGUCCAAUCCCUGAAAGUGGGGCUAAGAUUCACAAAGGAAAGAGUACUCCGGUUAAAACGGAGCAACCUGCCUGCAGCAAACCCGAUUUUGAAAACAACCCAGCCAGAAGUGUGCAGGUAGACACUGCCUCCCUCACCAAGACUGAUCAGCCCAGUAAGGAAUCUAACUUGCAGCAAGUGUCCUCUCCAAGGCCAAAACGAGGGCGCCGACGCACUGACGAUGCUUUGCUGCGAGACUGGAGCUUUGCUUCUCCUCCUACUCCUCCUCCUCCUCCUCCCCCAGAAUCCCCUUCUUCCACACUUUUGCCAAGUCCUGUUUUCCCACUCAGGCGACCUCGGGGCAGGCCUCGUCUCAAUCCUCUGCCUGAAGGUGGGGACACAGACAAUAUUAGACCUGCUCAGGUGGCAGAGGGAGGAGACCUGGCCUCUGCAAAAAAGAGAAAGCGAUGCAGGAACCGCAAGUACCAGAAUGGGGAGUACAUUACAGAUAAGGAAAAGGAAGCCAACAGGGAAAAUGAGGAGAAGUUUGGGGAUGGAGAGAAUGAAGAAACGGAUGUGGACCCUCCCCUUAGUGCCACUUUGCCAUGUGAAGAUCCCAAUCCUGACCUGAGCCCCAGGAAGUCCCUGAACACCCGCUCAGGGACCAUGCGACUUCACGAGAGUCCAUCCACCACAGAAUUUAACGACAAACCUCCAGGAAAGAGAAAGUUCAAAAGCAAACACUUGUGUGAUACUGAGGAACAGAAAAAGCUCAAGAUCAAACGAGGCCUUGCGGGGAAGCGCUCCUCAUCCCUCUCCACAGAUGAGGACAGCCCUAUGGCCAAAAAACCUUCCACUGCUUUCUCUGCCUCAAAGGAAUCUUCAUCUCCUGUUCCUAAGAAGAAAGGGCCUGGAAAGGGUGGGAUCUCAGAAUCCACACCAAGCCGUCCUGUACCUCCAGAGGUUCGCCGAUUGAUUGUGAACAAAAAUGCAGGGGAGACUUUGUUACAAAGAGCUGCUAGGCUGGGAUACCAGGAAGUGGUGCUGUAUUGCUUGGAGAAGGAUGUGAGAGAGGUGAACCGCCGGGACAAUGCUGGCUACACAGCACUGCAUGAGGCAUGCGCUCGUGGUUGGACGCACAUUGUGCAGGUGCUGCUGAAGCAUGGCGCCGAUGUCAAUUGUAGUGCACAAGAUGGGACACGCCCCAUUCAUGAUGCAGUUGCGGCUGAUAGCCUGGCGGCAGUGUGGAUGCUGUUAAACCAUGGUGCAGAUCCGACGCUGGCCACGUACUCUGGCCAAACAGCUGUUAAAUUGGCCCAAAGUCCCAGCAUGAAAACCUUCCUCAAAGAGUACUUCACUGACCUAGAAGGACGCCCUGAUCAGGAUCCAAGUCUGCAGUGGGAUUUUUACAGCAGCUCUGUGUUUGAGACGGAUCAGGAGGCCUGCUGGGACUUCUUGCUGUCUCAUCCUGAAGAGGAAGACAAGGAAGAAUGGAGGGAGCAGGGAAAGGAAAAGGACACGGACUGCCUUUUGUUUGAGUUCUCCUCUGAACCUUUAUUACCCUGCUACCACAUUCAAGUAUCGCUAACACAGGGUUUUUGCAACUGGUUUCUGCUGAUGGAUGUGUUGAAGCGCCUGAAGGUCUCAGCUCGCAUCUUUCGCGCAAGGUACCCUCAGUUUGAGGUGGUGAGCCUCACAAGGGCCGAGCUUUGGAGGCAGGUGAGCAUUAGCCAGACGUGCAUUGCCCCAGAUGAGCUGCGACCCAUUGACGAGGAGGAGGAUGAAGAGACAGUCGAUCUGGUGCGCUGCGUACCAGAACUACAGGGACUGCUAGGCUCAUCCAUCCAGCUGCUACAAGAAGACGACAAUGAUGACGAGAGGUCAGAGGUCAGAGGUAGCCUCUGCAACCGAUAGCGAUGUCCUGAGAUGAGUGAGUAGCUGUCCACAGGCAUUUGCGCCUCCUUAUUUACUGGUAGAUGCACUGCUACUAAAACCAGCACUUUGUAUGUACACUAUCCACCAAAAAUGGCUCAUCAAAAACAGAUGAGAUCCUCGCAGAACACACCCUUCUCCCAGAAUACCUUCCUUUACAGCAGCAGAGGGGGCCUUGUUAGAUUGACUUGCCUUGGAAUCACUCACAGGAGAAGGGAGGACUCUAGCAAACCGGACAAAGUAAAUUUCUGUUCCCAACUUGUAGGUAUUUUUCACUGUCCAGUAACUUCUCUCAAAUCUUUUUAUAUGUAUAAACCUAUAAGUAUAUGUAAAUAUAUAUGUAUAUAUUGACAUCAGGGUGAGCCCAGUUUGGUUGUAAUUUAUCAUUGAUAUGUUUUAAUGUUUGUUUAUUCCUGAGGUUAUGUGAAUAGUUUUGAAAGGGUGCCCAAGGCAUUUUUUUUGUUUGUUUGUUUUAUCUUGGUGAACUAAGAGGUUUAUGGCCAGCUUAAUGUGGCAGGAAGGACUCUGGGACAGAUGGUUCCUCUGUAAACCUGUGAGAGUCUCUCUCUCUCUGUUUCGCACUCUCUCUGUGAGGACCCCUAACCCAGAACAUAUGUCGAUCAGCCCUGCCCUCCUUUACCUCACUGUACCUCGGCUCACAAUGCCACCACAGCUCUGCUUCCAACACCUCAACUAGCUGCAUUAAUCUUGGUUGGUUUCUUUGCAGUGUAGCAGGCAAAGGAUUGUUCUUUCAUAUUUAUAAAACCCAGUUAAUUCUAAUUUUCAAGACAAGAUAUAGACUUAUUCAUGAAUGAGGAGUUUCAUUUUAUGUUUACAAAACCUAAAGAGAUUGUUGGAUAUCAAGGUAUGAAGGCCCUUGUGUAAGCAAAAUGAAAAAGCAAACCUGUGGAAUGCUUUUUUUUUCUUUUUUUUUUUUUUCUUUUUAAUUUUGAGAUUUUUCUAGGGACUUUGUUCUGGAUGUUGUCCAGCACCUUGCUCAGUUCAAGGUCAUGAGAGGAGACCUCUCUUACUUAGCUUGUUUUCCCCAGUGUACCCAGUUCCAGCGAGCAUUGUGGUGCAUGGUGUGUUUUAUUUACAUGGUUUGACUGUUUGUGUUUAAUUUAAUAGUCCUUAAUAUAUUUGACUUUUUGUGUAUCAGACAAAUGAUAUAUGAAAGUUGCUUUGUAUGGUUGGUGCUUUAUUUGAAAUGUACAAUUAAUGAUCCCUUUACCCUACGGAUAUUGUGUUCUCCUUCACUCCGAACAGUGUUUUAACAAGCAAAAGUACAGUUUUAUUGUACUGGUGCUAAGAUAGAUUUUGUGUUGACAAUCAUUGACCUUUUUUUGAACUGAAACCAAUAAAUACUAUUUAACUGAA